AUGGCACAAGUAUCCAUCCUAACACAGGAUAUUGCACCUAUUCCUCUGGAAUAUGCCCCAGCACCUACAGAGGACGAAAUGCAUCCGUGGUACCAGGCAUCUCACCUGGGUCUAGAUCAGCCACUUCUCAGAGUCUGGGAUUGCCACUCAGGUGUCAAGCCGACAUCAACAAUCGGCAUGUAUUCACGAUGUUCAAGUCAACUACUAGAUACUUUCGAGACCGGGGCAAUAUCGUUAGCCAUCCACGCCCAUCAUGGCGACCAGGCACCAACCCCGUACAUCUCAUUCACUACAUCCCCAGGGGCUGCACAGAGAUUUGCCAAAGUAAAGGCAUGGAAGAGAGGCUCUCAGAUGCUUACGGUUAUCAAUCCCAGGGUCCGAGCGGCCAAAGGCCGACACCUUCUCAGUAUGGUUAGUGAAAUGCGUUACUACGGGGUACGGGAUCCACUUGGCAUGUCUUAUGAGGACUAUCAAGAUGAAUAUCUCUGUCUCUGGGUGGUUUCAGGAGAAGAGUUUGUUGGACAUUGGGAAUGGGGCGAGCUCGCUAAGAUAGAUGAUUACCCGUUCCUCAGCAACCAAUUUAUCGAAUUUAGUGGAUUCCUUGCCAGAUACAUCUUCAAGUGCUAG